AUGACCAUAUGGGCCCUCCAUUUGCCGUUUGCACCUCCCUUCCCUGCUCUUGCUCCCCUCCUCUCUGCACCCGCCCUCCCCUUUGUUCCCACCCUCCACUAUGGAACUCUCCUUCCCUCUGUUCCCCCCCCCCUCUCUGCACCUCUCCGCCCCUUUGCUGCCCCCCUCUUGUCAGCACAUCCCCUUCCAUCUGCUGCCCCCCUCUUGUCAGCACAUCCCCUUCCCUCUGCUGGCCCCCUACUCUCUGCCACUCCCCUCUCCUCUGCUGUGUCUCUCCACUCCGCACCUCCCCUCCCCUUACCCUAUGGUGCUCCCCUCCCCUUUGUUCCUCCCUUCCCCUCUGCUGCUCCCCUCCUCUGUGCUGCUCCCCUCCUCUGUGCUGCUCCCCUUCUCUGUGCUGCUCCCCUCCUCUGUGCUGCUCCCCUCCUCUGUGCUGCUCCCCUCCUCUGUGCUCCUCCCCUCUUCUCUGCUGCUCCCCUUCUCUUUGCUGCUGCCCCUCUCUCUGCUGCUCCCCUCCCCUCUGCUGUUCUCCUCUUCUCCCCUCCACUCCCCCUCGAUGCUGACCACGUUGACAAUCAUCCCGCAGCCUGUGUCGACGGCCACAUGCAAUACACGCUUGAUAACUUCCUCCAACACGUGGAACCACACUUGUUUGCAGCGUGA